GCCGGCAGGUAGGCCCAGAAAGCCCAUGUCGAGAGAAACUUGAGAAGACUAUCAUACUGUACACUAAAGUGUUGUUAGAUUUCCUGGAGGUCCAUCCGUGUGCGUUCAUCCCACUGAUCCAGCGCUCUCUGGAAUUUGCUGUCAGCUACGUGUUCACGCCGGCCGGCGAGGGCCUGGUCUUCGAGCGCUUCACCGUCCAGUGCAUGAACCUCAUCAAAACCAUCGUCAAGAACGAUGCCUACAAACCCUGCAAGAACAUCGAGGACAGUAAGCCGGAGAGUCUGGAGGCCCACAAGAUCAAGACGGCGUUCUUCACACACCCCACCCUCACGGAGAUCGGACGGCGUCUCGUCUCCCACUACUUUCUGUUGACAGCGGAAGAACUGGCCAUGUGGGAGGAGGACCCAGAGGGCUUCGCUGUUGAAGAAACCGGGGGUGACUCCUGGAAAUACAGUCUACGGCCUUGUACGGAAGUGUUGUUCUUGGACAUAUUCCACAACUACAGUCAGACCCUGACACCAGUGCUGCUGGAGAUGGUGCUGAAUCUACAAGGACCAACCAAUGUGGAGGACUCUGUUCAGCUGCUGAUGAAGGAUGCAGUGUACAAUGCAGUGGGGCUGGCUGCAUACGAGCUGUUUGACAACAUUGACUUUGACCAGUGGUUCAACAAUCAGCUUCUGGGCGAGCUACAAGUUAGCCACCACAGGUACAAGCUGAUUCGUCGGCGGGUGAUCUGGCUCAUAGGUCAGUGGAUAUCAGUGAAGUUUAAAUCCGACCUACGGCCGCUGCUCUACGAGGUCGUCCUUAACCUCAUGCAGGACCCAGACCUAGUGGUGCGGAUUGAGACGGCCACAACUCUGAAACUCACUGUCGACGACUUUGAGUUCCGGACAGAACAGUUUUUACCGUAUCUGGAGUCUAUAUUCAGCCUGCUGUUCCAGCUGUUGCAGCAGGUGACAGAAUGUGACACUAAGAUGCAGGUCCUCCAUGUUAUCUCCUGUGUCAUCGAGAGGGUCAACAUCCAGAUCCGGCCACAUGUAGGCUGUCUGGUCCAGUACCUGCCACUGCUAUGGAAACAAUCAGAAGAACACAACAUGCUGCGCUGUGCCAUACUCACCACACUGAUUCACCUGGUACAGGGCCUGGGGGCGGAGAGUAAGAACCUGUAUCCCUUCCUGCUUCCUGUGAUCCAGCUGAGUACAGAUGUCUCGCAACCACCGCAUGUCUACCUGCUAGAGGACGGCCUGGAGCUGUGGUUGGUGACGUUGGAGAAUAGUCCGGCAAUCACCCCAGAGCUGCUGAGAAUCUUCCAGAACAUGUCAGCUCUCCUGGAGCUGAGCUCAGAGAACCUGAGGACAUGCCUCCAGAUAGUCAACGCCUACAUCUACCUGUCAGCUACUGACUUCCUACAGAACUAUGCUGAGGGCCUGUGCAGAUCCUUCUGUAAUCUACUCAAAGAUAUCACCAAUGAGGGACAAGUCCAAGUGUUGAAGGUGGUAGAGGUAGCUCUAAAGGUUAGCCCCGUGUUAGGAGCCCACAUGUUCCAGCCCCUGCUGCCUUCUGUCUUCAGAGGGACCGUGGAUGGAGAGAGGUACCCGGUGGUGAUGUCCACCUACCUGGGCAUCAUGGGAAGAGUCCUGCUGCAGAACGCUAGUUUCUUCUCCUCUCUCCUCACACAGAUGGCCAGCGAGUACAACCAGGAGAUUGGCCAGUUGUUAGGGGGUGUGAUAGAGAUGUGGGUAGACCGCAUGGACAACAUCACACAGCCUGAGAGGAGGAAACUGUCGUCUCUGGCUCUGCUCUCCCUCUUACCGUCAGACAACAGUGUGGUCCAGGAGAAGUUCUGUGGCAUCAUCAACAUCUGUGUGGAGGCGCUGCAUGAUGUGAUGACAGAAGACUCCGACACAGGAACCCUCAAAGACUGUAUGCUGAUGAGCCAUUUCGAGGAACCCAAGCUGACUGACGAUGAGGAGCCUCCCACAGAACAGGACAAGAGGAAGAAACUGUUGGCCCUGGAGGAUCCGGUGCACAGUGUCUCCUUACAGCAGUAUGCGUAUGAGAAGCUGAAGGCCCAGCAGGCUCUGAUGGGGGACCAGGGCUUCGGGGCUCUGAUGGAGACGGUGGACACAGAGAUCGUCAGGCAGCUCCAGGAGUUCCUACAGGGCCUCUGAGAGAGCUGGAGCGCGAGAGAGGACAGCCUCUACCCUUUCCCUCCUCUACCCUCAAUGCAUCCAUCUCCAGACCUAUACUAUCUAUCUCUCCUGAUAGGCCUUUGAGCACAGGAGACAGAAGACCUCAACCUCUAGCCCCUACCAUACAUCUCCGCUGUACCUUAUCCGUAGCCUACCUUUCCUCUCCUCUACCCCCUAUUGGGCACAGAAGAGAGAGAGGACUGCAACAUGUACCUCUACUACCCAUGUCUACUUUUCCUCUCCUAACCCAUAAUUCACUUGUCCUUUACCCACAACCCCCCUCUUCUCUACCAAACCCUAUCCUAACUACAACCUACCUAGAAGCUUCCUUUACCCACAAACCACUUUUUAAAAAAACACAUACAUAGAAACUUAAAUAGAGCUUCCAUUCUAACAGUUCUUCUGCUUCUCUAGUUUUAGCAUGAGGUAAAUACUUAGGAGGGAUGUUAAAAGAGAGGGGGGAGUGAGGGAAUACAACAAUACGACGCAAAGACAACCUGCUAAAGAGGCAAGAGCAGGAGCCUUGGACUUUUUUUUUCUACUGGAAAAGCGUGUGUGGCGUGAUGGGAAUAUGACUUCACCGACCGAAGGAUCCAAGCAGUGUUUACAGAUCUAUUCUUAAAGGCAAAUAGCGAGCAGAAGUGUGCUUUGUAUGUAUGUAAAGUAUGGAUGACUCUGCAUGAAGAUAUUUAACUUUUUAGUUUAGCUAGUUUAUUUCUCUUCAUGGUUGUUUGUGUUCUGUAUUGUUUCUCACACCCUGAGGUCAUCAAGUUGACAGGACUAUUGAGAGAUGCAGACACGGUUUUUGGGGUGUGUAUAUUUUCAUAUCAUCGGACUAUGAAUUAAAAUGAAUGCGAGAUUAAAGCAAUUUUUAACAAGUGA